AUGCAGCAGCCUCCACAGACUGUUUCUGCGGGCAUUGCUCAGAACAUGUACUGGCGAAACAGCUCACUUGGUAAACGAGCAAAUGCACCAGCUGCCCCGGUGCAACCUGUGACAGACCCUUUUGCAUUUGGCAGACAAACGCCACAGGCUUCCCCUUUAGGUAAUCCAUCCAAGGGCAAUGCAUUGGCUAUACAAAGUCCUUCCCCAGCAGUGUUUCCACAGCCAGCUGUUAUUCAUGCUUCGCCUUCGCAGGCAGCAGACAAUCCUCAUGGACUGCCUACGUCUUUAUCAGCUCCUGUAUCUCAAGCAGGAAUAAAUACCAAUACAUUUUCUAAUAUUCCAGUUUCUUCACCGCCCCCAGGAUAUGUUAUAAAUAGUACUACAGAAGUGCAUCCAAGUGCAGAUCUUGGGCUCCGUGGGCCUGCAGUACCAUUGCAUUAUAAUAUAGGAGCAGCAGUUGAAAAUUCUAUCAGUGGGCAUUCUGGAAUGGUGUCUACAUCAAACAAACCUGAAGGUAGACAAGACAUUAAUAGAGAGCCAAGUAAUGUUCCUUCAGGAUCCACUGCAACAGCACUCUUCCCUCCACCUCCUCAGCAGCCUGUAUUUCAGUGGAGACCUGUUCAAGGUAACCUGCAGUCUCCAGUGCGAAAUUUUGUGCCCUGUCCCGAGCAGUCUUCUCAAGUUGAUGUUCGUUACGUUUCUCAAUCUUCUGUUAGCACUUCUCAUCCUUUCCCACAGACAAAUUUGCAACAGGGUCCUGCGCACCAAGCUGUUCCACAAAGCAUCAUGCAAGCACCUUUGUUAGUUGGUUGUGAAAAAAAUGGGAAAAACGGCUCUGCAGGUAGCAGUUGUCACAUGAACAGCAUCCAGCCUGGGAAUGUGUUUAGACAGAACACAGAAAUGACUAACUCUUGGUUAAAUCGACCAUACCAAGAGCAGUUUUACCCACAGCCGCCGCUGCAAGACUCCAGUUUUGUUAUCCCCACAGCUCAGGAAAAUAACCCCAAAAAACAGUCUCCAGAUAUGUCUGAGGCAUCAAACAGGCCUACCCCCACAGAUCAAGAUUCAGGAACUCUUUCCAUGUUUUUCAAAGGGGAUGAAGCAGAGAAUGAGGAAAUACUUUCAUCUGAAAAAAAUUACAUGGUUGAGAAAACUGAGUCUGCUUGUCAGCCAAAUUUGGGACCCUUGUACCACCAGCCAAUGCAUCCUCAUCGGGUUGCAACUAAUGUUCUCUCUCAGGUGCAGACUGGUAUAGGCUUAGCCAAUGAGAUGGUACAGAAAGGAAUGGAUGUCCAGUAUUUUCCUGCAGCUAUAAGCAGUCAACAGGAGACACAGGCUACUAAGCACCCUGUGUUUGUUAAUGAUGACAAAACACGUGCUAGUGACACAUCUGGGAAUGGUGGAGCACAAUAUGAAAAUGUUGAGAACCUAGAAUGCGUUCAGAAUCAAGAAGUGCUGCCAACUGAACCACAGAACGUGAAUGCUUCAUCCCCGGCUGCCACUUCUGAUCCGUACAGAUACGGAUCCUUUCCGGGUCAGAUGCUUCCAAAGAACACUGUUGUGAGCCAUGCGGAAGGAGGACCAAAUUUGGAGGCACCUGAUUCGUUACCUCAUCCUGUCCGACCAGAUAGCGUAUCUUCAAACUACAGCACCAUUAGCCAUAGGAGUGCUUCUAGCUCAACGAGACCUCAAGAGCAAGUUGGUACGUUCAUUCAUGAUGAGUCUUCUGCGAGCUUCUUUAAACAGAUUGACUCCUCUCCUUUGGGAGGUGAUUCAAGUGAGCUAAAUAUGAGCAAGAACUACCAUGGUAAUCUCUCCCAGCCACCAACUCCAAGUCCUCCUAAGCCUACAGGAAUAUUUCAGACAAGUGCAAACAGUUCUUUUGAACCUGUGAGGUCCCAUGGAGUUGGGAUAAAACCUGCAGAGAUUGACCAAGCAAAGAUGGUGGUUGAAUUAAGAGAGAACCACCCAAACCAAAAGAAUACCAAGAAAAAUACAGCUGGGCCAGCUGCCUCCCCAGGUAAUCUUGAACAGCCACCAGAUAAUCUGGAAACCAUUUUCAUGCCUCAGGUACACCCACUGCCUCUUGCAGUCACUGGUGAAGCUGGAAAUAGGCUGCACUCUGGAUCUGGUACGGAAAACAUACAAUCAGUGUCUGAGAAAAGGUCCUCAGCAAGAGCUCAGGGAGCAGUUAAGAAGUGUGACAGCCCGGCAACAACUUUGUGGGCUCAUAGUGAGUUACCUAAUUUUGGAGGAAACGUUCUGCUAGCUCCUGCUGCUCCUGCAGUGUAUGUACCUGCCAAACAAACCAUAGAAGUCAUUCAACCACCAGAGGAAGGCCUAUCUAAUCAGGAGCCAAAUAAACCAGGAACUAUUGCUGUGCAGCUUUCCCAAGAUGGAAAUAUGUCUUCUGAAAAUCUUGAGAAUCCUCCCAAAAUGGGAGAAGAGGAGGCACUUCAGUCCCAGGUAACAAAAGAUAUACAAUAUCAGGCUGUAUCAGACAGAGCUGUACAGGGAGCAGUGCCAUCUCAACCACAAACACAGGCAGCUCAGAUGCAGCAACCAACAUCAUCUGGGCAGUCCUCAGCUCCUCCAAGCUACCAGAUGGCUGCAGGGACUAAAGCCAAGCAGGAAUCGCAACAGCGCGAAAACCAGGUGCUGAGUAACCAUCCUCAUCCUGUGGGUCCCCAAGAGGGAAGUUCGGCACAGCUCACAACAGGGUACAAUCAGAUGAGCCCUGAUAAGCAACCAGUGCCUGGACAGUCAUCAGGUGCUCCGACUUCCGUAGCCGCCCCUGCCACCAGUCAUUCAGUCAUGCCAAGCGCACAGCAAGACCUGCAGCGUCCACCCCGGCCUCAGACUCCUCAGGAUACCUUUGGUCCACCACAAAAUCCUUGUUACUACUAUAGACAUCCUUAUGAUGCUUACCAGCCUCCAUAUCCACCACCUUAUUCUCCUGCAGAUCCCAGAGCAGCAGCUCAUCUUUAUUACCUGGAGGAUAGCUAUGGGCAGUAUGACCCACGGUACGGACACUAUGACAGCAGCAGUGCUGCGUAUAUGGAGCCUGGGAGCUAUCGAUAUCCUGAGCUUGAACGUCCUAGUUCCAGAGCUAGUCACUGCUCUGACAGGCCGCCUUCUAGGCAGGGGUAUACUGAAGAUUACUACACAAAAAGUGGAUGGAGUGAUUAUUAUCCAGGCUAUUACUCAAACUCUUAUGAUUACGGAGAUCCAAGUCGUUGGGAUCGCUAUUCCUCAGCUUAUGACCACAGAUACAGAGAUCCUAGAAGUUAUGAUCAAAGGUAUUGGUACGAUGCUGACCACAACCCUUACCAAAAGAGAGAAGCAUAUCCAUACGGUAACAGACAUGACCAAUAUGAAGAUCACUGGAGGUAUGAUCCUCGUUUUGCUGGAAGUUUUGAUGAUGAAGCUGAACCUCACAGAGAUCUAUAUGGUGAUGAAUUUGACAGACGCAGUGUCCAUAGUGAACGUUCUGCUCAUAGUCUCCGUAGCUCCCGUAGUGUUCACAGUCACCAGAGCAGUUUUAGUUCUCGUUCUCAACAAAGCCAGCUGUAUAGAAGUAAUCAUGAUCUAACGGCUAAUGCAUAUGAAACUACUGCGCAGGCCGUGUCGCUCCACACAGAUUAUCCAUAUGGCGGAUAUGUUGCUAACUUUGAUGGCCAACAGCCUUUUACAGAUUAUGGCUACCCAACCGAAACUGGAUGGUCAACUGUAGAACAAGCACGCUUAAGGCCCUCAACACCUGAGAAAUUUUCAGUGCCUCACGUCUGCGCUAGGUUUGGUCCUGGGGGAUACUUAAUAAAAGUGUUGCCAAACCUGCCUUCGGAAGGACAGCCAGCUCUGGUUGAAGUACACAGUAUGGAGACUAUGUUACAACAUUCUCCAGAGCAAGAAGAAAUGAGAGCGUUUCCUGGUCCUCUUGCUAAGGAUGACACCCAUAAGGUGGAUGUUAUUAAUUUUGCACAAAAUAAAGCUACACAGUGCUUUCAGAAUGAAAAUUUAAUUGACAAAGAAUCUGCAAGUCUGCUUUGGGACUUCAUUGUACUGCUGUGCAGGCAGAAUGGGACUGUAGUGGGAACAGACCUGGCUGAACUUUUGCUACGCGAUCAUAAAACCGUGUGGCUUCCUGGGAAGUCGCCUAAUGAAGCAAAUUUGAUUGAUUUCACUAAUGAGGCUUUGGAACAAGUGGAAGAGGAAUCUGGUGAAGCCCAGCUCUCGUUUCUCACAGAUAGUCUUAUAACCACAAUUGACAGUCUUGAGAAAGAGACAGAGAGAUUCAGAGAGCUGCUGCUUUAUGGCCGUAAGAAGGAUGCUUUGGAGUCGGCCAUGAAGCAUGGUUUAUGGGGUCAUGCUCUGCUACUUGCCAGUAAAAUGGACAGCAGAACACAUGCAAGAGUUAUGACCAGGUUUGCCAACAGUCUCCCAAUUAAUGACCCUCUGCAGACUGUUUACCAGCUCAUGUCUGGAAGGAUGCCAGCUGCAUCCACGUGCUGUGGAGAUGAGAAAUGGGGAGAUUGGAGGCCUCAUCUAGCAAUGGUGUUAUCCAACUUGACCAAUAACAUGGACUUGGAAUCCAGGACUAUUGCUACCAUGGGAGACACUCUUGCUUCUAAAGGCCUUCUGGAUGCUGCUCAUUUUUGUUACCUUAUGGCCCAGGUCGGAUUUGGAGUUUAUACAAGGAAAACAACAAAGCUUGUCCUAAUUGGAUCGAAUCAUAGCUUACCUUUUUUUAAGUUUGCCACCAAUGAAGCCAUUCAAAGAACAGAAGCCUAUGAAUAUGCUCAGUCACUAGGAACUCAGCCUGCCUGCUUACCCAAUUUCCAGGUUUUCAAAUUCAUCUAUGCUUGCCGCCUAGCUGAAAUGGGACUUGCUGCUCAAGCUUUCCAUUAUUGUGAAGUAAUUUCCAGAACUGUCCUUAAAGAUCCGCAUUACUAUUCACCUGUGCUUAUUGGCCAGCUAAUCCAGAUGUCAUCACAACUACGCCUGUUUGACCCGCAGAUAAAAGAGAAACCAGAACAAGAAUCCUUUAUUGAACCUUCAUGGUUAGUAAGGCUUCGACAUGUGGAUGGACAGAUCAAGGAGGGUGCAAUAGCUUAUAACGCAGACAGAUCCACCCCACAACAGUAUGCGUGUAGCACACCAAGCUCUGAAUUAGACCGUGCCAGUCAGUGUGAUGGAGCAGGGGUCGGCCAUGACAUGGGUCCUGGUACAGAAAACGCGUUGUUAGCAUCCUUAUUGCCUGGUACGGCACAACAGAUGCAAAGUGUGCAGCUGAUGCCUUCAGCACCUCAGACGAUCCUUGAUGGGUCGGCUGCUAUGAUUCCUCCUGCUGACCAGGAAGCUGUUCGAAGUGUCCCUUUCUAUUCAGUGGGUCCUCUGCCCGUUGGUCCAGGACCUGGCUUUGCACCUCCAGGAUUUCCAAAUCAGUAUGGAGCUGAACCAUCCCCGCUCUAUCUGGGGUCGACAGUACCACCAGGAGGGCCACCGCAAGAAACUGAACCACGGUCAGAAGAGCCUGCAAACCAGGAAACAGGAAUGCAAAGAAUUGCCCCAGAGUCUCCUUCACGAAACACUUUCCCGGAUCAGAGAGAGGAGGAUUUCUAUGGCAGAAUGGCUACCAUGGGCUAUGGGCGAAGAUCUCGGACCACUUCGGAGUCCUCUGUCCAUUCUGUGGGACGAGAGAGAUCCAACUCUGCAGCAAAACAGCCCUCUCCUCCUCCAUCCAUUCCUGAAAGGAAAGAGACCAAAAAAGAGAUAAAGAAGGAGCCAGCACCUAGAAAGACUGGUGGAAACUGGCUUCGCUGGCUGAUGGGAAAAGGAAAGAAUGAAGCUUACCUUCCAGAUGACAAGAACAAAUCAAUUGUUUGGGAUGAAAAGAAACAACGCUGGGUUAAUUUGGAUGAACCAGAAGAAGAGAGUAAACCACCACCACCACCUCCAGCAGGAUUUCCUAAAGUUCCUCAGGCUGCUCCACCCGGACCUGGUGGCCCACCUAGUGCUCCUGUCAACAUGUUCUCCAGAAGAGCAGCAGGAAGCAGAGCUCGUUAUGUUGAUGUCCUGAAUCCAGGCGGAACUAAGUCAAGUGCUGCUGUUCCUGCCCCAUCAGACCUAUUUGCUCCUUUGGCACCGAUGCCAAUCCCUGCAAACCUCUUUGUACCAAACUCAGUCCCAGGGGAACCCCAGCCUAUGGAAGGCAGUGGAGCAGCAGAGCAGCACGCAUCAGCUGCAGAUCAGACCAACACAGAUCCUGCUGCAGCUUCUGAUCCAGAGUAUUUAAACCCUACAAUCCUUCCACCUGGAUCUGGGCUUCCUGUUUCCAACCCUGAUGGCUCCCAGUCAGGCGAGCUUUCGCGCUCUAGUUCAAUGAGUUCAUUAUCACGUGAAGUAAGCCAGCAUUUUAAUCAGCCUCCCACUGCACCACCUUCAGGGGGACCUUCAGCAGCAUUCGCACAAUCUCCUGCAGUCACUGGAAGUUCAAGGCUGGGAAGAAUUGGACAGAGAAAGUAUCCAACGUUGAAGUAGAAUACAAUAGCUUUGUAUUCGGAUUCACACUCUUGUUCUGAAUAUACAAAGAACUCUUCAAUCUUAUGGCACAUGCAUCAGUACUAGCUUGCAGUUGACAUGACCGUAAUGUAAUGAUGGGUGAUUUAUUUCAUGAGUCUCGCUACUCGCACCUCAUCUACACAAAUAAUUACCAAACAUGAAAUAUAUGUAACUUUUCCUUUAAAAGCUGGCUAGAAAUAGCUUUGUUGUGGUAAAGAAUAGACAUAAGGGAGGAAAUAGCUGCUGUCUGUUACAAAAACUAUUUGUAAAUUGCAUAGGCAAUUGAUUCCUUAAGUUUAUUUUAAACCUACUAGUGUGACUUUCAAAGAUAUAGGUUUCAGGGAUUCCUUAAUUUCUGAAGGAUGCUCCCCUCCCAAUGGGGGACACACAUGUCCACAUUGUAAUAUAACACACUGUGGCCUUAAGAGGACCAUGCACAAUUUUAAUGCUUGUAAAACAGGACUUGGUUUGUCGAGGUAUGAAGUUCAAGAUGUUCUGGGAAAUUGCCUUGUGCUAGUUUGUUUCUUGAAAGGGGGAGGGGGGAAGAGGGGGCCACAGCUCAUCCAAAUAAAUUGACCUAUAUUGAAUGAAAACUGUGACUGUAAUCUAAUACUAACUUGAUUUGGAUCUUAUCUAGUAUGUAUGUAGUUCGUGGUUUAGACUACUUGUAAAGCAAAUUGUAUAGUCCGAAAGAAGCUCUCUGUAUAAUAGCCAAUGCUGUACUAUUUGACGAGUGAGUGUUCUUCUAAGUGCAAUAUGGUUACUUGCUUUCUCUCAAACUGCUGGCACUACAUAAUUAAGGUGGUAACAGCUUGGAAGUUGUUUAAAUUUUUUCCUGUUGAGUGCCAGAAUCUGUUCGUAAUACUCUGUUCUUGAAUUUCCAUUACUAAAAUAACCAAGGUCUUAAAUAGCUAACAGCUAAAUUUUGAACAUGCUAAAAGUAGGUGGAUUAGACCUCUACCAAUGGACUUUAAGAGCUUUAGGUUUAAUAUAGGAAAUCUUGAAAACCAUGAUGAUAUGCAACAUUCAUAUUUGCUGAAGAAUCUGAAUCAUCCACAAAGAGAGAAAAUAAACUUUAAAUAUUUAUUAAAUCAUAAACCAUACUUUAUUUAGAAUUUGCCACCAAAACUAUUUGAUUUUACUUGAAUUUCUGCCCAUGAGUAGAAAAUACCGUGAAUGUGACAUUACCAGUGUUGGCCCCUGAUUUCUUGUCUUUUCCUGAGUAAUGCCACGUUUGAGAUCUGGAUAGCCUUACCUAUGUUCUAAAAGGUUUAUACGUAAUUGAAGGAAAAAAAAAAAAAAAAACUGUUUGGGGGAGUGGGAAACCUGUGCAGAAUUGUCCAUGCUCGAUCCCAGACACUGUCAGCAGCAGUCCGUAUGGUUUUCUUUUGUACCUAAGACCUGGUCGGACGUGUAGUUCCGCCGUGCUGCUGCUCGCUUUCUCCUUGCAGUAGAGACUGCCAAACAUCCGAAUUCAAGAAGGCUUCCUUUGAGCUGGGAGCGGCUAUCUUUCCUAAGUGUAAGAUUUGACACUGUAAAUUCUUAAAUAAAAUAUUUUGCGCUCUGGAGCACUUUCA